UGGAAGAACAGAUGCAGUUUUUAUGGGAAAAAUUUAAAGAUGAACUUCAUAAUCAAACUGUCACUCUAACGGAUAAGUUAACCACAAUGGUGUCGGAAGUUUUUGAAGAAAAAGUAAGGCCAAUAAUAGAAGAAAAUCAAGUGCUAAAACAAGAAGUUAAAACAUUACAAAAUAAAGUGAAUUGGCUGGAAAACAAUGCAAGGAAAAAUAAUGUUAUCCUACAUGGCAUCCCUGAAAAAGAGAAUACAAACUCGGAAUUGCUAGAGAUUGUUUUGGAUACACUAAAUAAUGUUAGUGAAAAUGCAAAAAUUGAAAAUUGGGACAAAUGGGAGAUAAGCAGAGCCACUCGUUUGGGUAAGAAAAACGAUAAAAAAGUAAGACCCAUAUUAAUAAUAUUAACUUUAUCCUGGAGAAAAUUCGAAAUUUUAAGGAACAAAAAGUAUUUACCAAAAGAUAUUUAUGUCACCGACGAUUUUCCAAAAGAUGUUUUAAACAAAAGAAACGAACUUAAGCCCAAACUUUUAGAAGAAAGAAAUAAAGGAAAAAUUGCUUACCUUCGAUACGAUAAACUGAUAAUCAGAGAUAAUGUAGUACUGAGUGACAAAAGAAAACGAUCACCAUCAAAGUCACCUGAAUUUUCCACUGAAAAACAACAAGGAGGGAAAACAACAAAUAAUCCCAAUAAAAUCAACAAAAUAAAUGCAUUUUCCUAUAUGAGGACAAAGUCAUUUUCAAAAAACGGAAGUAGUCAAUAA